CGGAGCCCGCGGGAGGAAGGUGGUGUCCCCGGAGACGCGGUGGGCUGGGUCGAGCCAGCCGCCCUCCCGGCGGUCCCUCCAUUGCCUCUCGCGGUGCUGCCAAGCCACGCUUUUCAUCUUAGUUUUGACUCUUGGGUUCCAGUUACAGUACUCUAAGACUGAUUUCUAAAGGUACGGUUUUCACCCCACUUCAUCAACGCACAUAAGUUUUCUCCUUUUUGGACCUCUAUUUUAUACCACAAUGCAACAAGCUUUAGAACUAGCUUUGGAUCGUGCGGAGUAUGUCAUUGAAAGUGCCCGACAGAGACCUCCUAAAAGGAAAUACCUAUCUAGUGGAAGAAAAUCUAUAUUUCAAAAACUUUAUGAUUUAUAUAUUGAAGAAUGCGAAAAAGAGCCUGAGGUUAAGAAAUUAAGAAGAAAUGUGAACUUGUUAGAGAAGCUUGUUAUGCAGGAGACAUUGUCAUGUUUAGUGGUCAACCUAUACCCAGGAAAUGAGGGAUAUUCUCUGAUGCUCAGGGGAAAAAAUGGAUCAGAUUCUGAGACCAUUCGACUGCCUUAUGAAGAAGGGGAAUUACUUGAAUACUUGGAUGCAGAAGAAUUACCUCCUAUUUUGGUUGAUCUCCUAGAAAAAUCUCAGGUUAAUAUUUUUCACUGUGGAUGUGUCAUAGCAGAAAUACGUGACUACAGGCAGUCCAGUAACAUGAAAUCUCCUGGUUACCAAAGUAGGCACAUUCUCUUACGUCCAACAAUGCAGACUUUAAUCUGUGAUGUACAUUCAAUAACAAGUGAUAACCAUAAAUGGACCCAGGAAGACAAACUUUUGCUUGAGAGCCAACUGAUUCUAGCUACAGCUGAACCACUGUGUCUUGAUCCUUCUGUAGCUGUAACCUGCACUGCGAACAGGCUGCUCUAUAACAAGCAAAAGAUGAACACGCGCCCAAUGAAACGGUGUUUCAAGAGAUAUUCCAGGUCCUCUCUGAAUCGGCAGCAGGAUCUGUCUCAUUGUCCACCUCCUCCUCAGCUAAAAUUACUUGAUUUCUUACAAAAGAGAAAGGAAAGAAAAGCAGGUCAGCAUUAUGACCUCAAAAUUUCUAAAGCAGGAAACUGUGUAGAUAUGUGGAAACGGAGUCCCUGUAAUUUGGCCAUACCUUCUGAAGUGGAUGUGGAAAAAUAUGCCAAAGUGGAAAAAUCUAUCAAAUCUGAUGACUCACAACCAACAGUCUGGCCAGCCCAUGAUGUAAAAGAUGACUAUAUAUUUGAAUGUGAAGCUGGUAAUCCAUAUCAGAAAACAAAGCUGACCAUUUUGCAGUCACUUGGUGAUCCACUUUACUAUGGUAAAAUACAGCCAUGUAAAGAAGAUGAAGAGAAUGACAGUCAGAUGUCUCCAUCCCACUUCUCCACAGAUGAUCAUUCAAAUUGGUUCAUUAUUGGAUCAAAGACUGAUGCUGAGAGAGUAGUCAGUCAGUACCAGGAACUGGUCCAGAACGAAGCCAAAUGUCCAGUGAAGAUGUCGCAUAGCUCCAGUGGCUCAGCGAGCUUGAGUCAGCCUUCGCCAGGGAAGGAAACAGAACAGCCUGAGACCCUGUCAGUUCAGUCUUCAGUACUGGGGAAGGGAGUAAAACAUCGACCUCCACCCAUCAAACUUCCCUCAAGCUCAGGAAAUAGUUCCUCAGGUAACUAUUUUACACCACAACAGGUCAGCAGCUUUCUUAAAUCUCCAACUCCUCCUCCUGCUUCUAAGCCACCAAGUCUUUCUCGGAAGUCAUCCAUGGAUCUCAGUCAAGUUAGCAUGCUUUCUCCAGCUGCCCUGUCACCUGCCAGUUCAUCACAAAGAUCUGGAACUCCUAAGCCAUCUACUCCUACACCAACCCCUUCAUCGACCCCACACCCUCCUGAUGCUCAGAGCUCAACUCCUAUUACCCCUUCAGCUACCCCUACUCCCCAAGAUUCAGGCUUCACCCCUCAGCCCACUUUGUUAACUCAGUUUGCUCAGCAGCAAAGGUCUCUGAGCCAGGCAAUGCCUGUAACAACCAUUCCUCUUUCCACCAUGGUAACAUCUAUAACUACAGGAACCACGGCCACCCAAGUCAUGGCAAACUCUGCUGGACUUAACUUCAUCAAUGUAGUGGGCUCUGUUUGUGGAGCUCAAGCUUUGAUGAGUGGUUCAAACCCUAUGCUGGGCUGUAACACUGGUGCCAUAACUCCUGCAGGAAUAAACUUGAGUGGCCUUCUACCCUCAGGAGGUCUGCUACCAAAUGCAUUGCCCAGUGCAAUGCAGGCAGCUUCUCAAGCAGGUGUUCCAUUUGGUUUAAAAAAUACUUCAAGUCUCAGGCCCUUAAAUCUACUCCAGCUUCCAGGUGGCUCGCUCAUUUUUAACACACUGCAGCAGCAGCAGCAGCUUUCUCAGUUUACACCACAGCAACCUCAGCAACCCACAACUUCUAGUCCUCAACAGCCAGGGGAGCAGGGUUCUGAACAAAGUUGCACCAGUCAGGAACAGGCCUUAUCUGCUCAGCACACUGCAGUUAUUAACCUUGCUGGAGUAGGAAGUUACAUGCAGUCACAGGCAGCUGCAGCUGCGGUUCUUGCAGCAUCAGAUGGCUAUGGCGGCGGCGGCAGCAGCACAGACAGCUCAGCUACAUCGGCAUCGGCAUACAGGCAGCCAGUCAAGAAGUAAAACGAAGAGAGGCACGCCAACCACUCCAAAAUUCUGAGUCUUGCAUUAUUUUCUUUCUUUUUAAAAACGUAAGAGCAUUGAAUCAAAAGGAUUCUGAGUUUCUACUUCGUUUUUGUUUUUUAACAUGUGUCAGUAUUUUACAUUGCUAGAUAUACAAACUUUAUACAGAAGCACAACCCUAUGAUUUUUAAAUAAAAACAGGGAAAUGGUUUAACGAACCAUUAGGGUGGGUUUACCUAAGUCAUUGCUUUUUAAAAACGGUUUCACUGUACAUAAUACAGAAGUGACCUAAGAAAUACUAGAAACAUCUUUCAGAAGAAUGUAGUUUGAUAUUUAUUUAGUAUAAAAGGUUUGUGCACAGUGUAACAAAUACAGUUUUUACAAAUCUGUUUUGAAAA